AUGAAGCCAGUCCCCCUGCUCCUGCUCCUCUCCUCGGUCCUCCUCUCAUCUCACCUCCGCCCCACCGCCGGCAGACCGCGCAUCCUACCCGGCUGGCUGGAUGGCAGCGGCCGCCUCCAGACGCAGCAGCAACUGGACGAAGUGCUCCUCAGAGCCGCGGCCGCCGCCGGAGACAGCACCGCGUCAGACCUACUGGGCGACAACAUCCUGAGGUUUCUCCAGAAAAGAAACCUGGACCCUGUGCACCUGCUCCCACCAGAGGAGGAGAGCGAGGAGGAGGCGGUGAGGAGGGCGGCGCAGCUGUUGAAACGGAGCGAAGAGUCGCCGCUGUCCAUCGACCUCACCUUCCACCUGCUGAGGAAUAUGAUCCAGAUGGCCAAGAUGGAGAGCCAGAGGGAGCAGGCUCAGCUCAACCGCAAAGUCCUCGACGAGGUCGGGAAGUAAAGCUCUAUUUUUGAAAAUGCCUCAUUAAAACAGCAAACGCGCUGUCUAAGUAUUCAAGACCUCUGACAUUAGUUAUUGUUUGUGCGCCUGCCUUCCUCUCCAUAUCAUUUUACGCACAGAUGGUGCCAAUUUACGCAUCACAACAUCCGCGGUAAAAUGUAAAAUUUUAAGCAUUAUUUAAAGACUCUGAUGGAAAAUAUGGAGAGAGACUUUUACGACCCCUCACCCCUUCAUCAUCCCCUGGCUUCACUCCCACCCGCACCCUCCUCACACACAUCCCUCUCCACACUGGACUUUUGGAAAGGAACCCUGGAUUUCACACUUUUGACACAUUUGAUCCGGAAAAGAUCAUUUGAUCAAAUGCAUUGGCUCCUGAAGUAAAAAUGGCACCACACUAAAAUAAAUAGAUCCAGUGAGCUAAAUAUUCAGAUUUUUUUUCUUCUUUGCCAAAUUACUUAAUCAGUUCUCUCUUUCUUUUCAGCCAAUUGGUGGUCUGCUUUUGUGGAACAUCUGAAUGAUGGUUAUGAUAUUGUCCUACUUUACAUGCUAAUUGUUCACCCCUACAAAUACAAGUUUCAUGUCAGGUGCAUUAUGGGUGUUUGGCUUG